AUGAUUACGGUGCAGAGGAAGGUUCAAUGUGUUUUGUGGCUUGCUAAGUUUGAGUCAGUUACACUUGUUAGGCGUGAAUACCGUAGUGUGUUUAAUGAAGAACCACCACACGAAAAUAACAUUCGCCGUUGGGACAAACAACUCAAAGAAACGGGCAGCCUACUGAAGCAGUCACGUCCAGGACGACCAUCAGUGUCUAACGAUACCAUUGAAGCUGUGCGAGCAAGUUAUCUGCGUAGCCCGAAGAAGUCAGUGCGGAAGUGUUCUUCAUAUGUGAAGGUCCGGCAAGAGAGCGUUCGGAUCCUGAGAGCCUCCAAGAAGCCGAAAGACAAUCUGUCCGGAGCUGAGAGGAAAGCUCUCCGAGCCCUGCGGAAUAACGCGGACCUCACGGUCCUCCCGGCUGACAAGGGCAGCGCGACGGUUGUCCUUAGCACCGACGACUACAACGGGAAGACCCGAGCCCUUCUGGAAGCCCCGACAUACAGGUUACUGUCCAAGGACCCUACGGAAGCCGUUGAAAGGAAGACCAACCUCCUUCUCAAGAAGUCAUAA